CGGAGCCUCCGCGGCGCCGCAGGUGCAGAGGGGUGGGGUGGCCCUCCUGCCUCGCUGAGCCCGGGGUUGGGAAUACCCGCGGGCUCCUGUGGAUGCGCGUCCUGGGGCGGCUGCUGAUGGCAAAACACACAGUGCCCUGAAGCCCCUGAGCUGAAAAGGGCCGGAGAGAGGCCGGCAUGGGCCCCAAGCUGCCCACACCUUGGCUGCUACUCUUCAACUGGCUCCCAACAGGAUGCCUGUCCUUGCUGGUGACGGUCCAGGACACAGAACGCUAUGUCACUCUGUUUGCCUCCGUUACCCUCAAAUGUGACUAUACCACCUCUGCCCAGCUCCAGGAUGUGGUGGUGACCUGGCGUUUCAAGUCCUUCUGCAAGGACCCCAUCUUUGACUACUUCUCUGCCUCGUACCAGGCAGCUCUAUCUCUUGGCCAAGACCCGUCCAAUGACUGCAAUGAUAACCAGAGGGAAGUUCGCAUUGUGGCCCAGAGGCGGGGGCAGAAUGAGCCAGUGCUGGGGGUGGAUUACCGACAGCGCAAGAUCACCAUCCAGAACCGAGCGGAUCUUGUGAUUAAUGAAGUGAUGUGGUGGGACCAUGGGGUGUACUACUGCACCAUCGAGGCUCCGGGGGACACAUCCGGAGACCCAGAUAAGGAGGUGAAGCUCAUCGUCCUGCACUGGCUGACAGUGAUUUUCAUCAUUCUGGGAGCCUUUCUCCUGUUGCUGUUGAUCGGAAUAUGUUGGUGCCAGUGCUGCCCACAGUACUGCUGCUGCUACAUCCGCUGCCCCUGCUGCCCCACCCGCUGUUGCUGCCCUGAGGAAGGUGAGCAGGGACAGACCAGCUGUGGGGCAGCCCUGGCCCACCAACGCUACAUGAAGCAGGCUCAGGCCCUAGGUCCUCAGAUGAUGGAAAAACCCCUGUUCUGGGGUGCGGACAGGAGCUCCCAGCUCUCAUCUUAUACAGUGAACCCGCUGCUGCAGCGAGAUUUGUCCUUACAGUCCAGCCUCCCACAGAUGCCAAUGACUCAAACCUCUGCUCAUCCUCCUACCACCAAUGGUGUCCUGGAGUAUUUGGAGAAAGAGCUGCGGAACCUCAACCCAGCACAGCCUCUGCCUCCUGACCACAAAGCCAGAUCUGGCCACCCCUGCAGCAUGCUGUCCUCCCUGGGCUCUGAGGUUGUGGAGCGCAGAAUCAUCCGCCUGCCUCCGCUCAUCAGAGACCUGCCAUCCUUGAGCAGGACCAGUGAUGCGUCACACCAGCAGUGGCUCACCCCGGUUCCCUCCAGACCCUGGGAUCGGAGGGAGGGCAGAAGGCAGCACCAUUACUCUGAUUUCCACCAGGAGCUCCAGGACAGAAGGCCAAAACCCUGGGCAUCUGGAAGAAGGGAGCUGGACCACCCUUGGAGAGGAUGGCACCGCUGCUCCAGGCGGCAUAGGUCACCCUCGGCCUGGUCAGACCCGGACAGCCUCAGUGAUGGCCCCUCAUCCAGUGAGACACGCUGGCCACCCAGCUGUCCCCAUCCCAGGAGCCACCAUGAGGUGCGGCCCCACAGGCCUAGCCCUGGGGAGGACUACCGGAGGACCAGGAGACCCCGGCCCCGAAGCUACUCCCCUCCCAUGCCCUCUGGCCUCAGUUCCUGGAGCUCUGAUGAGGAGAAGGAGACACCACCACCCAGAGACCAGGGGUCCCGAAGUCAUCAUAGCCGGUCUUAUUCCCCAACCUGGCCCGAGGAGAAGCCACCCAGCUACCGCUCACUAGAUGUCACUGCAGGCAAGAAUGGCAGGAAAAAAGGGAGUGUGGAGAGGCGCUCGGUGUCCCAUGAGAAGCAAAACAUCAGCAGUAGUGGAAAUAGCUUCCUCCUGUGAAGGGCACUGAGGAGAGAGAGAGCUCCCAUAGUGGAAGGAGUGUGGUCAUUUAGUCACCAGGCACAGUGCUACUUCUGUGGCUACUUCUCACCUCCUGUGUGUCAUCAGCAUCAUCUAGAUUUCCAGCUGAUUUGAGAGGGACACUGCAAGCCUACCUAAGAAUUUUGGAUUCAAUUCUGAAAAUCAAAUAGAAGAAUUUUAAAAACAAGAUCAAAGAAUUAGUGACUAGCCUUAGCCUUGGUUCACCCUCUGAUUAUUUAUAUAGUCCCUGAUGUGUAAUGGAGCCUAACUGGGAUGUGAUCCCUCAGGAACUUAGCAGCAUGAGUCUCCAAGUAGGUCACAGUAGUUGGGCGUGUCAUUUGCAAAAUGAGAACUCAGGAAUUGUAUUGGUCAGCUUUCUGUUGCUGGAACAAAAUACCUUGUGUAUACAACUUGAGAAAAAAAGACUUAUUUUGGUUCAUGGUUUCAGAGUUUUUGGUCCAUGCUCAGCUGGCUCCAUGGCAGAAACAUCAAGGUGGAAGAGCACAGCAGAGGAAAGCUGCCUACCUCAUGGCAAGCAGGAAGCAGAAUGAGAGAACAGAGCCAGAGAGGAGAGAGGCUGGACACAAGAAUGUACCUUCUAGUUUAAGUCUCCAGAGACCUACUUCCUCUGGCCUGGCUUUAUCUCCUAAUAGCAGUUCAGUUAUGAGCUCAUCAGCACAUUAGCCUAAUGAGGUUAGAGACCCUCAUCACCUUCCAAAAGCGCAACCUCUGAACAUGAGCCUUUUGGGGGACAUUCUUGAUCUAAACCAUAGCAGGAAUCUAAGAAGUCAAAUAUGUUUCAGGAACAGGAAACCUAUGAAGUAUUAGGGAAACCCCCAUGGAAACUUGUCUGCCUCCAUUGAGUAUCUUGGGGAUCUUUAUAUGUUAGGAGUCAUUGCUCCCAUUCCCAGUCCUGAGACUCUUGAGUUUCCAGUCUGAGAUGGCAUGGAAAUUCUAUAUUUUUGUCCUCUUUCACAGGCUGUUUACUGUAAGGGAAUCAGGGAAGGAUUUUUGUACCAACCUUAUUCCUGUGUCUUGUUUUCUUCUUGCUCAUUUUCCCCUACAUCUAAUUUAUAUUUUCUUCUAAUGUAGCCAUUAGUAUCACCUUAUGUGCUUCUUGGGAGUAUAUGGACAGUGUAAAUAAAUAAGAAAAAAUAAAUAUACUGGGCUGAUACUGCCCCAAAUGAA